UAUAUCCAUCCAUCUUAGCAUCAUAUGUUCACUCAGCCAAUCCUAUAAAAGGAGGCCAGACGAGCUAAUCUUCUCGAUCAUUCGCCAAACAACUAAGAACUUUCCUCAUCUCCUCAUAGUAGCUAGCUGAGUCGUUAGUUCAACAUUUUAGUACUGCUUAGCUCAUUUUCUUUGAUUGCCUGACUACCACUCUCUUCUGAAUUCUAAUGGAUCAGAGUUUGAGGGAUGCUGCUCAGCAAGGAAGCAUCGAUGCCUUGUACGCAUUGAUACAAAGGGAUCCACAUGUUUUGGACAGAAUCGAUGCCAUUCCAUUUGUUGAGACUCCUUUACACACAGCUGCAUUUGCAGGGCACACCCAGUUUGCCAUGGAGAUCAUGAGGUUAAAGCCCUCAUUUGCUAGGAAGCUUAACCAAUAUGGUUUCACUCCCAUGCACCUUGCUUUGCAAAAUAACCAAACCCAAUUGGUAUACCGACUAGUUUCUGUUGAUAAAGACCUUAUCCGGGUCCAAGGAAAGGGGGGUGUGACUCCUUUGCAUUACGUAGUUAAAAUAGGAAAUUUCGAUGUUUUGUCCAAAUUUCUAGAAGUUUGUCCCACAUCUAUAAAAGAUGUAACAAAUCGAGGAGAGACUAUUCUUCAUAUCUCCUUGAACAACCACCUACAUGCUUUUGAGUACCUUCUAAGAUGGCUUCAGUGGACCACGAUUGAAGAUGCUUCAGUCUGGGAAAAGAGAUUGCUGAAUUGGAAGGACGAGGAAGGCAACACUGUGUUGCACAUUGCGGUAUCCAAAAAUCAACCCCAGGUCGUGAGGUGGUUAUUGAAUGCUCGAGUUCAUAUAAACCUUCAGAAUUUAGAGAAUCGUACAGCUUUAGACAUCUUGGAAGGACGAAUGGAAGUCAACAAUGAGCAAGGACAAAUGCAAGUCAACAACAAUGAGAUGAAUGAGAUGAUUCAGAUGAAUGAUAUGUUACGUCGUGCUGGAGCUUUAAAUGACUAUAAUCUUCCAAUAGUUGAACCUCAUGAAGCUUUCCUCAGAUCUCAUGGCCCAAUUUACUCGACUCGAGGAAAGUUCAGUAUAUCGAUGCUUCGUCAACGAAAGAAUAUGACAAAUGACUUGCGCAAUAUGUUGUUGGUGAUUUUGGUGUUGUUCAUAACAGCAACAUACCAAGCGGCACUCAGCCCUCCUGGAGGAGUUUGGCAAGAUAACUGCAAUCCUCCAACUGAUCAGUUCAAUACCACAUUGCCGAUCAACGUUACUCGUCAUGAACUUAGUCCUACCCCACACAAGGCAGGGAAAGUAACCAUGAAUAACACAUAUUAUCUGGUACAUAAUCAGCUUCCACUUCCACUUGACACUCAUCAUCGUCUACCCGAGUACUAUGCAUGCCAAAAACAUCUUGCAACAUGGACUGCAUCGUUCUUGACUCGUCGGGUAUUGGUACAAUAUUUGCAGCCAGAGUUGGCUGGGGAGAUUCAACAACACGUACUUUAUUAAGUACAGGAGCCCUAA